GAAACUGAGAGUGUUGGUAUAACAACGGACAUUUGGUCCUCGGAUUUAAAUGAGUCGUAUUUUACAGUGACAUGUCAUUUCAUUUUUAAUGACGAACAAAAAAAUGUCGUUCUUGAAACAAGGGAAAUUCCUGGCAGCCACACUGCCGUAAACUUAUCAAGUGCAUUAAGCAAAGUAUUUUCAUCAUGGAAUAUUUCUGAUAAAAUAACAGCAAUUGUUACAGAUAAUGGGUCCAACAUAAAAUGUGCUGUCAAUGAGCACUUAAAAAAGACACACGUACCUUGUGUUGCACACACCUUGAAUCUCUGUGUUACUGACACAAUUGAAGACAAUCCACCAUUCAAAGAAAUUGUAAAGAAGGCUAAAAACAUAGUUACUUAUUUUAAAAGUAGCAAUUUGGCCGCAGACAAGUUAAAGGAGACGCAAACUGAAAUGAAACUUCCACUUUUAAAAGUAAAACAAGAUGUGUCUACAAGAUGGAAUUCCACUCUAAUAAUGUUAAAUAGAUUGUUAGAAAUAAGAACACCCUUAUGUGUUGCUUUGUCACAUUUACCAAAGUCUCCGGAAACCCUCGAUGCCUCAGAGUGGCAGGUUGUAAGUGAUUGUGUCAAAGUCCUCCAGCCUAUGGAGACAAUUACUGAAGAACUAUCGGGUGAAACUUACCCUACGAUUUCUAUGGUUAUUCCUCUAAUCAGAAGCGUACAGUAUGUCAUCAAAUCUUUGUCGCCAGGAACGGAUGUUGCCAUUUAUUUAAAAAACAAGCUUCAAGAAGUUAUUCAUAGGAGGUUCUCUGCAUGGGAACAAAAUAAAAUAGCAUCAAAAGCCACGUUUCUCGAUCCGAGAUUUAUGAAAACUUCUUUUGGAUUGAAAGAAAAUGCUGAUAGGGCAGAGAAAAUAAUCAUGGAAGAGUUGGAAUUUAAUAUUAAAAAUAAAUCAGACUCUGUUCCUUCGUCAGAGGAAAUUAUCGAAGAAGUUCAGGAGACAGAAGAAACUGUUUCAGAGCAGGCUACGCAAGCAAAAACAAAACUUGCAAGGAGACAAAAUCUAUGGAAAUGGGUCGAUUCGAGGAUAGAAGAAAAGAAGAAAAAUCAAAUGUACUGCCUGAAAUAUACAAUCUCCAAAAAAAAUUUGUGUUUGCCCGCCACUUCUGUUCCGUCAGAAAGACUGUUCUCAAUUGCGGGACAAGUAGUAAAUGAUCGGAGAAACCGAUUAAAGCCAAAAAACAUUAACAACAUAUUAUUUUUACAUUCAAACUUGGAGUGAACUUUCCAUUUGUGUGUUUUCACAUUAAUUUAACUUAUUUUGUGCUGGUUUUUGAACCUAAACUUUAGUUUUCUUUGUUGCUUUCCUAAGUAGUAUUAACAGAAAAAUUUAUGUGUUUUUAUUACUUUUAAUCAAUACUACUGUUCAUAUUCUUGUUUGUUAAAAUAUUUUAAUAUUCACUGAAUUUAUGCCUUUAUUAUUAAUUUCCUUUAAAAUGUAAGAAUAAAAUUGUGUGUAAUAAUCCUGAAGUUGUUCUAACAUUUGUUUACCCCGUUAACAUUAUUACUUAACAGUAAAAUAAGUAAUAAAUAAAACAUAUCUGGUCAAAUAAACAAUUCCAACAUUUUACUAACGAAUAAAAUACAUGAAUAUUAAUUUACUAAUAAUUUCAAUAUUUCAUGAAUUGGCAAUUAUUAUCUUAAGUGCAAUGCUAUAUAAGGUUAAUUUUUAA